AUGUCAAGACAAAUCACCCUCCGUAGAUUGGCCCACCACUACGCCCCAUCCAAAUACUUGAAUGACCUCGCCUACAAAUCUAACAAGAAAUUAGGCGACCAAUUCAUCCAAUCGUACGAAACCAAAGUGCACCAUUCGGCAAAAAUCACCGAUACUUGGAAGAGAUUGACUUACUUGGUGGCUUUACCUGCUAUUUUGUUAACGGCUAUCCCUGUGGGAAAAGUUGAAUUGGAACAUGCUCAUCAUCGUGAACAUACUAGACAUUUGAGCGAUGAUGAGUGGCCGCAACAAUAUGAUUAUCAGAAUAUUAGAUCGAAGCCAUUCUUUUGGGGCGAUGGAGACAAGACUUUGUUUUGGAAUUCUGAUAUUAACAGACACGUUCAAAAGGAUUAA